AAAGCGCACGCGCAUGCGCACGCCGGCUGGAGGUGACUAAGAUGGCGGCUCUGGGGUCGCCGGCCCGCACGAUGCGUGGCCUGUUGCGGGAGCUGCGCUUCGUGAGCGCGGCCACCGGCCGGCCCUACCGCGGCUCGGCGGCCUAUCGCUACCUCGUGAAGGCUUUCCGAGCACACCGGGUCACCGGUGAGAAGCUGUGCCGAGCCCAGCAUGAGCUCCAUUUCCAGGCUGCCACCUACCUCUGCCUCCUGCGCAGUGUCCGGGCACAUGUGGCCCUUCACCAGGAGUUCCACGGCAAGGGUGAGCGCUCAGUGGAGGAGUCUGCAGGCAUGGUGGGCCUCAAGCUGCCGCGUCAGCCCGGAGGGAAGGGCUGGGAGCCGUGAAAAUGGAGAGAUUCCUUGGAUGCCGCCUUCUUACAAGAACUUACUGACCAAUAUGUAUUUAUCAUUAAAUUUUUUAAAAGUUGAGGGUUCCCCCCCCCCCCCCCCGUCAAUUCUGUUGACUGUUUCUCAGAGACUUGUCAUCUUUACUUGGUGCGCUUAAUGCACUCACGGUAGGCUGAUAGAUGUUCCUUUUUUAAAAAGAAGGGUGACAGAGUGGAUAAAGUGUUGGACUUUUCAAGCAUGAGACCCCAGGUUCAGUCCCUUGUAGCACAUGUACCAGAGAGAUCCUCUGGCUCUCUUUCUCUCUCUUCUCCAGUCGCUCUCAUAAAUAAGUAAGUACUAUUGAAAAAUAAAUAAAGAUAAUCUUAUUGGA